AUGUCUUCUUCUCAACAACGCGAGCUUUCGCGUCUCGGCAACGAUGCAGAAGCAAUUGAAGAAGCGGCCAAGCAGUCCGUCAACACAUACCGAACUCAAUGUCAAACCUACGCCAUCAAGGAGAAGAAGUACGAGAAACAGCAGUCCCGGAUCGUCAACACUCGCACGGCCAUUCUGUCACCCCUCGACAAGGCCAUCCACGAUCGCGUGGCUCACAUUACUUCACCCAAAAUCCUGUACGACACUAUCGUCUCCAUGAACAAGAAUGGCGCCAACUACGGCAAAAGCAUGAAGGACAUUCUUUCUUCUAUGAAGAUGGAAGUGAUGGUUGUCAGUGAGCCGGAAGAAGCGGAGAAGGAAGUCAAGUCUAAAGUCGCCCUGGCCGUGACCGGCACAAAGAAGAAGGACUGA